CUCCCCAACAAAUGUCAUCCAACCAUUUUUUUUCGGGGGCUUAGAAAUAUCAUCAAAAACAUUAAUGGAGAUGUUGUCCUUCAAGGCUUCAACUAGUAUAAAAGGGUCCAUGCCAUCCCUCGUCGUCCCAUAAAGCGAGUCUGAGUAAUAUAUAUUGCGAUGUGUUGCAAUGUUCGCGAGUGUGCGAGGUGCGACGUUUCAGAGAUACCUAUAAAUUAGUGGGAUAGAAUAAGAGAAGAAGGUGGAGAGGGAAAUUAAAGAAGAAUUUAUGGAGUCUGCAGCUCUGCACCCUUUGUACAUGAUCUUGUUCUAUGCGGUUCCACCACUACUGUUUUUGCUGGGUGUGUUUGUUCGGUUUCGCCGGAAACCGUACCCUCCUGGGCCAAAAGGGUUGCCGGUGAUCGGGAACAUGAAUAUAAUGGACCAACUGACUCAUCGAGGGCUUGCCAAGCUUGCUAAAGAAUAUGGAGGGCUCAUUCAUCUCCGGCUUGGCUUCUUACACAUGGUGGUGGUGUCCACCCCAGAGAUGGCUCGUCAGGUUCUUCAAGUACAAGACAACAUCUUCUCCAACCGGCCGGCCAAUAUCGCCAUUAGGUACUUAACAUACGACCGGUCGGACAUGGCCUUCGCUCACUACGGUCCCUUCUGGCGUCAGAUGCGUAAGAUCUGUGCCAUGAAGGUGUUUAGCCGCAAGCGGGCCGAGUCAUGGACGUCUGUGCGCGAAGAGGUUGAUUCUAUUAUUCGAUCAGUAGCAGGAAAAGCCGGUUCCCCAGUCAACCUGGGUGUGUUGGUAUUCUCACUCACCAUGAACAUAACCUACCGAGCUGCUUUCGGGUCGGACAUACGUCAUGGCCAGGAGAAGUUCGUCGCCAUAUUGCAGGAAUUCUCGAAGCUCUUCGGGGCUUUCAACCUGGGCGAUUUCAUUCCUUGGCUUGGCGGACUCGACCUGCAGGGUUUCAACAAGAGACUCUAUGGAGCCCGACGGUCCUUGGACGCUUUCAUCGACAAAAUCAUCGACGCUCACUUGGCAAAGCGGAAGAACAAGAGAACCAAUGAGGCGGAAGAAGAUAAUGAUAUGGUAGAUGAUCUGCUUGCCUUUUAUGACGAAGAAGAUGACGAAAAAGAUGAAUCAGGCAACUUACAAGUGAGCAGAGAUAACAUCAAGGCCAUAAUCAUGGAUGUGAUGUUUGGUGGCACCGAGACUGUCGCGUCGGCAAUCGAGUGGGCCAUGGCGGAGAUGAUGAGAAGUCCAGAUGACCUGAAGAGAGUACAACAGGAACUCGUGGACGUGGUGGGUCUGGAUCGAAGAGUUCAGGAUUCAGAUCUUGAGAAGCUAACCUUCCUUAGGUGUGUAGUAAAAGAGACACUCCGACUCCACCCGCCCAUCCCACUCCUCCUCCACGAGACUGCGGAGGACGCAGAAGUCGGUGGCUACUUCAUCCCGAAGCAAGCGCGGGUGGUGAUUAACUCUUGGGCGAUCAACCGAGACCCGGCAGCCUGGGACGAACCGGAAACGUUUAAACCAUCAAGGUUUCUGAAGGAGGGAGCACCGGAUUUCAGAGGAAGCAACUUUGAGUUCAUACCAUUUGGAUCAGGUCGGCGUUCUUGCCCUGGUAUGCAACUGGGGCUCUACACGUUGGAGUUGGCCAUGGCUCAUCUGCUUCAUUGCUUUACGUGGGAACUACCAGAUGGGAUGAAACCCAGCGAGCUCGACAUGAACGAUGUCUUCGGGCUCACCGUUCCCAGAGCUGAACGACUAGUUGCCAUACCGACUCCUUGCUUGCAGUGUCCCCUCUUCUGAGAUAUGAGAUCUGGUUCCAAGAACCAAGAACCAAUCAUUCAUCUUCUAUUCUGUCCUCAUAUGACUAUUUAAGUGAAAUAAUUUCCUUGCCUCUGUGUUUUUCCUUUUUUGGUGGAGAAACAGACAAUCACAGGAAAAAGAAAACUCGAAUUGAAUUUACUUUCCAUGUAUAAUAUAAUAUUGUUUGUGUA